GGCUCCUCCUGUUGCGCCUCCGCCGUGCACUUCGUGGUUCAGUCUGGACCUGGACCGGCGGACGAAGCCCCUCCGGAUCCGAACCACUUCCAACCCUCCAGAACCUCCAGGACCUCCAGAACCUCCGCUCCGGCUGGGUUUCACCUCCCGGUCCCUGCUCGUCCUCUGGUUCUGGUUCCAAACUUCCACUCCGUGUUUUAGCGUCUUUGACUGUUUGUUUAUUUGUUUGUUUGUUUGUUUGUUUUUCUGGUUCUGUCCAACUCCUCCAUCCGGAUGGAGUCGGAGAAGUUCUGAGGUCCAACAGCGAACACGGACCCGAACCCGUUGACGGGACCGGAACCGACCGGACCUGUAUCCUGCCGCUCAUCCGUUCAUUCAUUCAGACUCGGACCCACAGCCGGUCCGCAUGCUCCGCUGACGGGACUCCGGUCCUGACCGUGGAUGACCAUGGACCCUCCUGCCGUGCGCGUGCUCGCCGCCCUGCUCGUGCUGCCUCUGCUGCCCCCCCCGGGCUCCCCCGCCCUCUGCCCCCGGCUCUGCUCGUGCCCCCGGCCCACGGAGCUCCACUGCACCUUCCGGUCCCUGGUGUCGGUGCCGCCGGUGUCCAGAGGCGUGGAGCGCGUGAACCUGGGCUUCAACAGCAUCCACCGGAUCCCGGUCCGGGCCUUUACUGGGCUCCGGAACCUGGAACUGCUCCUGCUGCACGGAAACCACAUCCACGAGCUGUCCGGUGGUGCGUUCAGGGACCUGGCAGCACUGCAGAUGCUGAAGCUCAGUUACAAUAAGCUGAAGUGGAUCAGCAGGACCACCCUGGUGGGUCUGUGGUCCCUGACCCGGCUCCACCUGGACCACAACGGUCUGGAGUUCAUCCACCCUGACGCCUUCCAGGGCCUGACGGAGCUCCGCCUCCUGCAGCUGGAAGGGAACCGCCUCCGUCAGCUGCACCCGUCCACCUUCUGCACCGUCACCCUGCUGGGCGUCUUCCACCUGUCCACCCUGAAGCACCUGCACCUGGGGGACAACCACCUGGAGGCCCUGCCCCCAGACCUGCUGGAGGCCACGCCCCUGCUGGAGAACCUCUACCUGCACGGGAACCCCUGGACCUGUGACUGCACCAUGAGCUGGUUCCACCACUGGUGGACCAAGAGACCAGGGGUGUUGAAAUGUAAGAUGGACCGAGGUCUUCCUGGUGGUCAGCUGUGUCCACUCUGCUCCUCACCCAAACACCUUCAGAGGAAGGAGCUCCAGGCUCUGGAGGUCCUGGUCUGCACCAGUCCGGUCAUCAGCGCCCCCCAGAGGCCAGACCCUCCUGAGGACGUGGACAGCGAGGUCUUGACUGUAGACAACUUCAGGGACCCAUUGGGGAACAUGUCCCUGGAACUCUCGGACCAACACGGGAACCAGGUGGCGCUGGAGUGUAGCGUGGGAGAACCUAGGGGCCUGUCCAGGGUCAGCCUGGACCGGGUCCACCAGGUCCACAUAGUGUCCAACUUCAGCCUGUCUGUGCACCUGGACUGUCCUGUGGACCCGCACCAGUACGAGCAGCUGUGGAGGUUGACCGCCUACUACAGCAAUGUGCCCGCCCACUUAAAAAGGGAGGUCCCACCCAGCGGCCAGCCCCAUGGGACCUAUGUGUACCGGCAGGACCCCGAGGAGGAGGUCCAGGUCCACACCGGGCAGGACCCCAAGGAGGAGGUCCAGGUCCAAACCGGGCAGGACCCAAAGGAGGAGGUCCAGGUCCGCACCGGGCUGAAGGUCCAGGUCACAGCUCGGCCCAUGUGGCUGAUGCAGACCUCUGUGGACCUUCAGCUGGACCGGCUCGGGUCGUCUGGACGGACGGUCCGACUGGUCUACAGGACCCAGCUGUCAGAGACGGUGGACACGGAGACGCUGAGGACCCAGACCAGGACCUGGGUCAUGAUCCAGUCCACAAACACCACUCAGAAAGCAUCCAUUGUUCUCCUGGGGGGACGGGCUGAACUGGACUGUACCGUCCACAGUUCAGACGGAGCCUCGGUCCGCUGGACUCUGCCGGACGGCUCCCAGGUGGACGCUCCUCAUGACGGUCCAGACCACAGAGUGUCCGUCUCCGCCGAUGGACGUCUGGUCAUUAAAGCCGCAGGACACAACGACGCAGGAAUCUACUACUGCAGGGCCAGGGUCCAGGGGGACCUGUCGGUGCUGCCGUUCUACCUGUCGGUGCAGGACUCAUCCGGUCCUCCGCCCGGGGAGGACGCGUCCGGUCCACCUGUGGACAGGUUUGUAGGGGACACCAUCACUGUUCCCUGCACGGCGUCUGCGUCCCCUGACGCCGAGGUCAGUUGGAUUCUACCGAACAGUCAGGUGGUCAGUUCAGGAGGUCAGUGGUCCAGGGCUUCGGUCUGGUCCAACGGGACUCUGCAGGUCCGUCCGUCUCAGCUGGUGGACAGUGGAUUCUAUAAAUGCGUGGCCUUGAACCCACAUGGCGUGGACACACUGUCCACAAAGGUCACAGUGUUCAGGCGCAGAGGACCCAUGAGGCCUGGGGGGACGUCUGCAGGAAAACCGCAGUCCGCUUCAGGGGUCAACACCAGGAUUCCAGUCCCCACAGAGGACGCUGAGGAGUCCUCUGGGGACACGGAGGCCCCAACGGUGAAGUACCUGGAGCCUUUACGGAGGAGAACCCCAGGAGGUGUCCCCCCAGGACGGAGGGGGGGGCAUCCAUCCAGGACUGUGUGGAAAAGACCGCCGCUGCUGCAAAGACCCAACGCCAACAACCGACCGACAGGUCCACGAGGGGACGGCAGGAAGACCACGGUAGACAACAGGCGGAGGACGAACGUGUCCAGGUCUAGAAUAGACCUGGACAAGUGGACCGACAUUUUAGCCAAGAUCAGGGUCAAAAACGGUCCAAGUACAGAGACACCGAGGACCAGUGGACCAUCUGGGAUGACCAUGCCCACCACAGCGUCUGGCAUGACCACACCCACCACAGCGUCUGGGAUGACCACGCCCACCACCGCAAACAGGAAGUUUGAAGAACAGCCCCCACGACUCCACCCACCACAUUCCAAUAGAAGGAACGGAGUGCGUCGGAAAAGACCAAAGGGACGCAAACACAAGCACAAAAAACCCGCCCACUUUACCCCCGCUACACCUGCCCCCUUUGCACCUGCCCCCACCACACCUACCCCUGCAACACCUGCCCCUUCCACGCCUGCCCCAGCUACACCUGCCCCCACCACACCUGCCCCCACUACACCUGCCCCCUCCACACCUGCCCCCGCUACACCUGGCCCCACUACACCUGCCCCCUCCACACCUGCCCCCGCUACACCUGCCCCCACCACACCUGCCCCCACUACACCUGCCCCCUCCACACCUGCCCCCGCUACACCUGCCCCCACCACUCCUGUCGCCGCUACAUCUGCCCCCGCUACUCCUGCCCCCGCUACACCUGCCCCCACCACUCCUGCUGCCGCUACACCUGCCCCCACUACACCUGCUGCCACUACACCAGCCCCCACCACUCCUGCCCCAGCUACACCUGCCCCCACUACACCUGCCCCCACUACACCUGCCCCCUCCACACCUGCCCCCGCUACACCUGGCCCCACUACACCUGCCCCCUCCACACCUGCCCCCGCUACACCUGCCCCCACCACACCUGCCCCCACUACACCUGCCCCCUCCACACCUGCCCCCGCUACACCUGCCCCCACCACUCCUGUCGCCGCUACAUCUGCCCCCGCUACUCCUGCCCCCGCUACACCUGCCCCCACCACUCCUGCUGCCGCUACACCUGCCCCCACUACACCUGCUGCCACUACACCAGCCCCCACCACUCCUGCCCCUGCUACACCUUCCCCCGCCACACCUGCCCCCGCUACACCUGCCCCCACCACACCUGCCCCCACUACACCUGCCCCCGCCACACCUGCCCCCACUACACCUGCCCCCUCCACACGUGCCCCCGCUACACCUGCCCCCGCUACACCUGCCCCCACUACACCUGCCCCCUCCACACCUGCCCCCGCUACACCUGCCCCCACCACUCCUGUCACCGCUACACCUGCCCCCUCUACACCUGCCCCCGCUACACCUGCCCCCACCACUCCUGCUCCCACUACACCUGCCCCCACCACUCCUGCUGCCACUACACCUGCCCCCUCUACACCUGCCCCCACCACUCCUGCUGCCACUACACCUGCCCCCACCACUCCUGCCCUCACUACACCUGCCCCUGCUACACCUGCAACCACCACAGUGAAGACUGUCGCCAAGGCCAACAUUGCCAAGGCCGGCGUUGCCAAGGCUGGUGUCGCCAAGGCCGGUGUUGCCAAGGCAACCGUUGCCAAGGCAUCGCCCCAGAGGACUCAUGUGGUCUAUGGGGGGAGGCUGGUGCUGGACUGUGAGGCCACCGGGACCCCAGAACCCCGGGUCAUCUGGAGGACACCAUCUCAGAAGCUGGUGGAUGGACAGUACAGUUUCGACUCCAGGAUUGUCGUCUUCCCUAACGGCUCUUUGACCAUCCACCCGGUCACCCAUCUGGACGCCGGAGACUACCUGUGCAUGGCCCGGAACAAGGCGGGCGACGACUACGUCCUGCUGUCGGUGGACGUCCUGAGCCGACCGGCCCAAAUCCAGCAGAAGACGCACCGGUCCGACCAGGAGGUGGUCUACGGCGGAGACCUGAAGGUGGACUGCGAGGCGUCGGGACUCCCCGACCCCGAGAUCAGCUGGACACUGCCAGACGGAACCAGGGUCGACCCGGUCCAACCCAGGGAGGACACGAGUGGUGGACCCAGUCACAGGUUCGUGGUUUUCCACAACGGGACUCUGUUUUUCAAUGAUGUCGAGAUGCGAGACGAAGGCGACUACACCUGCUCCGCCCAGAACCACCUGGGUGAAGACCAGAUGAAGGUGCGAGUCCACGUAAAGGCUGCGACUUCCCCUCCACAGAUCCACCAAGCAGACCAGAUGGCAGUCACGGUUUUCUACGGUGACACCGUGUCACUGAGGUGCAACGCCACAGGGGAACCGACGCCGGUCGUCACCUGGAUUACACCGACAAACAGAGUGAUCGAGUCCAGGUGGGAUAAGUACCAUCUGUUGAACGAUGGGACGUUAGUGGUUCAGAAGGUGCGGCGUUCUGACGGUGGUAACUACACCUGCACGGCCAGGAACAGCGCAGGUCAGAACAACAAGGUGAUCCGACUGGAGGUCGUGGUAACUCCGCCCACCAUCAGGGGUCUGCGAGGCACCGCCAACAGCAUCAAAGUGUCAGCGGUGCAGGACCAGAGGAAACUGGUGGACUGUGUGGCCCGGGGGACUCCGCCUCCUCGCAUCAUGUGGGUCCUACCAGGAAACGUGAUCCUGCCGGCACCUUACCAGGGCACCAGGAUGACCGUCUUCCCCAACGGGACCUUGGACAUGCAGUCCCCCAAGAGGACAGACUCAGGGCAGCUGGUCUGUAUCGCCCGCAAUGAAGGAGGGGAGGUCCGGCUGCUGGUGACCCUGGAGGUGACCGAGGCCUUCCAAAGACCACUGACCCCAGGCACCGCCAGCGUGUCUCUGACCGUGGGGAACACCAUGACCUUAAACUGCUCCUUGGACGGUGCGUCGCUGCUGUACGUCACCUGGAUCCUCCCCAACGGUACGCCUCUGCUCAGCGGCGCUCGACUGUCCAAGUUCUUCCACCGUCCCGGUGGCUCUCUGGUCAUUGCCAACCCCUCAGUCGCAGAGGCCGGCACAUACCGCUGCGUCGGCCGGAGUGCCGCCGGGCCGCUGGAGCGAAUUGUCAUGCUGUUUCCAGGUAGAAAACCAGAGAUUAUCAACACGUACCGGGUUCCGGUGGGCGUGGUCAACGGGGAGCCCCUCCUGCUGCACUGCAUCACUAGCGGCGAACCCCUCAGAGUGACGUGGAUGCUACCCAGCGGCGUCGUCCUGAACCGGCCUCAAAGGGCCGGACGGUACUCGGUGAUGCCCAACGGAACGCUCUCCAUUCAGCAGGUGUCGGUGUACGAUCGAGGGUCGUAUGUUUGCAGAGCCGCGAACGAGUACGGCAGCUCCCUGAUGUCGGCGUCGGUGACGGUGAUAGCGCACCCGCCUCGCAUCACCAGUGGCCCCCCCUCCGUCUCGUACGCCCGGCGUGGAGUCGCUGUUCAGUUGAACUGUUUGGCCACUGGGAUUCCCAACGCGGAGGUGGCGUGGGAAACGCCCGACAAAGCCCGUCUGACUGUGGGUGCUCAGCCACGCCUCUUUGGAAACAAGUACCUCCACCCCCGGGGGGCGCUCAUCAUCCAGAAUCCCACACACAGAGACGCUGGCGUGUACCGAUGCACCGCCAGAAACGCCGUCGGCGUCGACUCCAAAGCCACAUAUCUGAGCGUGUUUUAAGGCGUACCGCAGGGUGGCGCCAUCAUUUCCACGGACGCCUGAGCUUCUGCCCACACACCAACAGCAAAUGUUUUAUCACGAACACCGAAAACCUGCCGUGGCUUCAGGGGAGAACCAAGGGAACCAAUGGUCCAGUUCAGGACCCAUCCAGGUUACAGCCGCUUCACCUCAUGGGUUCAGGUGGACUUGUUGUGGUCUGCAGGACCAGAUCCAGUCCUGCUAACUUUUAUGGGUUUGGGUUUUUCUGACAGAUGCUUCUGUUGGUUUGAACGGAUCUGUUCAUGAACUGACGCCAAAGGACGGGGGUUGGACUGGACUCAGAGACCUGGCCAGGUCAUCUGACCUCUGACUUUGUUUUAAUUGAUUAUUAUUUAUGUUUGAUUGAUUCUGUUUUAAUUGUACUUGUGUUUUUUUUUAACUCUCUUGUCUCUUUUCCAUUUUUAUAAAACACUGUGAACUGA